AUGGAGAGGAGAGCGCAGGCCGCAGAAUCUCUAGCGACUGGAGGAGCAGGCAAAGAUGCGCUGAACAAUGCCAUCAAAGCGGCUGAGUUAUACAUGAGAGCCGCAGGAGAGGCUGCUAGCAAGACGGACACCGUUCGUUUUCGACGAAAGUGCCAGGAGAUGAUUACAUAUGCUGAAAGGCUCAAGGCUACUCUGGGUGGAGUGGCAAAGCCUGAAGAAUUGCCUGCCAUGCGGCCAUCGCUGUCCGAACCAAGGUCGGCAUCCAUUUUGCGACUAGGUUCAAAGCUCCAUGGAAAUGACUUUCCCAUUUGGCAAGAGGGACCCGGGAUGGACGAGUUUGAACUUUUGCCAGGCCAGUAUCCAUUUACAGAUGAUACGGAUUUCUGUUUAUCAGCAAAUCAAAGCGACAACUUUGCGGCGUGGGUGAGGCCACAAAGGUUAUUUAAUUUGAUUCAACAAACUGAUAGAGCGGCUUGUGAAGAUGCUAUGAUGCAGGUUUCUAACCACAGCGAUUUGAUGCAAGACGUCACGACGGACUGCUCUGUAGUGGCUAGUCUCUCGGCGGCCUUUAAUGUACUGACGGGGAAGCACGCGGUGCUUUCUUCAAUUCUGCAUCCUUACGAUCUUGCAAACGAUAAACCGAGACUAUCCCCUUCAGGAAAGUAUGUGAUGAAGCUGAACUUCAACGGGUGUGCCCGCAAAGUCGUAGUUGACGACAGAUUACCCUCAUCCCGAACAGGCCGGGCAUUAUUCGUGGUCGACAGGCAGAACCCAUAUCUCCUGUGGCCAGCUCUGCUUGAGAAAGCAUAUCUCAAAGUCAGAGGCGGCUACGAUUUCCCAGGAAGUAAUUCAGGCACAGAUUUAUGGGUUCUCAUAGGGUGGAUCCCGGAGCAACUCUUUCUACAAAGAGAGGACAUCGACCUCGAGAACAUCUGGGAGCGAAUACAAGCCGCUCACAAGUCGGGAGACGUGGUGAUAACUCUGGGGACUGGUCGGGUAUCAGCCGAGGAGGAGGAGGUAAUGGGCUUGAUCGGGGAACAUGACUAUGCCGUCGAGAACCUUGACACCUCUGGCUCCAGUCGGCGACUAUUGAUUAAAAAUCCUUGGUGUGACGCCCCAUCUAUGACAGCGCUGGGGUGGCUAGGCUCUGCAUCUUCCACUCUCAUCAAGUCGCCUAACACCGGCCUAUCAACAGAAAGGCUGGCACAUGAUCCAAAUUCUAGUAGCAGGCUGUGGGUGGCUUUCGAGGAUGUUGCGCAGCACUUUGAAUCCAUGUAUCUCAACUGGAACCCAGCAUUAUUUGCCUAUCGCAAGGACCACCACUUUUCAUGGGAACUCCCCGCCAAGGUAUACAGCGCAUCGUUGUCCAGAAACCCCCAAUUUUCCGUCACCUCACCGAGUGCUGGUACCAUUUGGAUCCUUGUCAGUCGCCACUUCGUCGAUGCUGAGCUGGAUAUCGCUCGUGAGAGGCGAGACUCGAUGGCUGCUGCGGCCCGCCGACUCGGUUUCAUGAGCAUAUCAGUCUUCGAGAAUGGUGGGCAAAAGCUUCAAAUUUGUGGCGGCGAAAUUUACCGGGGUCCGUACGUCGACUCGCAUCAAACGCUAGCCCGCCUCGAUACAAGACCUGGACAGCCGUACACAAUCGUGGUUGAUCAACACGAGCUCCCUUUGCCUCGUUAUAAUUUUACAAUGUCUCUAUUUUCGCACAGCCCGCUUGAGGUGAAAGAGGCUUUAGAGAGCAUGUCACAGUUCACAGAGCAGCUUGGAGCCUGGACGAGGAGAACCGCCGGUGGCAAUGCAUCAUGUGGAACCUUCUUUCAAAAUCCUCAGUAUAGACUCUCCGUUGAAAGUCCAAGUCCGGUUUCUAUCCUCCUCUGCGCCGAUGCCAGCGACAUUCACGUUCAUGUGGAUCUUAUAUGGGCGCAGGGCCGUCGGGUAACAGCUGUGAGGGUAAAAGAUUUGGUAGCUUCCUCCGGGGAAUAUCGUCGUGGGUGUGCUGUGGCAGAUAUUGCGAUGCUCGAGCCAGGAGUUUAUACUCUUGUGUGUUCUACUUUUGAGGCGGCCCAGCUGGGCAACUUUUCUGUGCGAGUCUCGUCAAUGGUACCGACCACUAUUGCUCCUGUACCGGCGGACGGUGCGGGUAGGCUCCUGACGAAGUUACCACAUGUUCACUUAGCGGAAGGAGAUGAGCGAUUUCGUAUACCAGUUGACGUGUCUUGGUUAACCAGCGCAAGCGUGUCUCUACACAGUAGUGCUACGUCACAACUUGGUAGCAAGAUGCAGCCACCAUCGUCCCAGGUGGUUCGUGUGUCAGUCGUUCACGGCUGGGGACCAGAACAAGUCACAAUAGCAGUCUCUGGUGACAACGAAUUCCAAGAUCCCGGGAGUACGGUACGCACCCCCCAGUUUGACAUGGAGCCUAAGCGCAUACGAAAAGACGGGCUGUGGAUACUAAUCGAAAGUAUGGGGUCCCAUGGCGCAGCGCUGGCAAUCGAUGGAGAGAUUCUUAGUGACUCGCCUGUACGGAUUGGCAGCUGGGAAUCAGUGUGA